AUGUCAAACUCUCAUAAUUCUCUCACAAACAAACCAAAAUCACGUUCAUGCUUGUGCUCUCCCACUUCACAUCCUGGUUCCUUUAGAUGCAGCAUGCACAAGAACAAGCCCCAACGAUCUGUUCCUAACAACCCCUUCAAAUCCAAUAGCUCUCAUCAUUGGAAUGAAUCGUUGUCGUCGUCGUCUUCUUCGUCAUCCCCAUCUAUGAUUGUUAAAGUUAGUUCUUUGAAGACAUUUCUCUUGCAAGUUAUUAAGCCGUCUAGCCAUGAUGCUCAUAGGAGGAAGAACUUUCAGCCUAAGCCUAGUCGGUUUUGUUUGAUGAAUACUAAUAGAGAUGUUGUUGCUGUUUCUUGA